AUGGCAGUGGGAGUAAGUUUACAUUACUGUUUUGUUUGUUUACAUUCGCGGUACAAAUUGCGUGACAACAUUUGAGUGUCAUUUGCAAGAGUACCAGCUCAAUUAUAUGAAUACAAAAUGUAAUAUUUUGUUUGACAUCAGUUUUUAGGCCGAAAAAAACGGCGUAUUUUAAGUUUAAGCGAGUGUAACAUUGUAUAGUAAGCUUCGUUUGAGGCCAGAAUUGUGUUUAUUGUAUGUACAUACUAACUUUAACAAGUCAUUAUACAUUUUUCUCAAAAUUACUAGCUAAAAUAAUCGCAUUUAUUGUAUAGUACCAGAGUUAUAAGUCAAUGUUGUGCGACAUUUGACUAUAUCUCCCCAGAGAUCUAUAGAUUCGUCUCGUUUUAGGUGGUGGAAGAUGUACGUUCCUUUAGAAGCUCGCCGAAAAUGUUGCACGAUAUGGAGAUUCCAGUAUUAUUGCGACGAAAUUACAUUAAAACCGGUUAUCGACCAUUAAACAAAGAACUCAAAUACUAUGUCAAGUCGGCCUUCUCAUGGCACAAUGAGCUGGUAUGUUGCAGGUGCAUGGCAUGUAGUAAUUACAACUUUGAUUACAUUCGUAAUGACAUUAAGGCAUGGUUAAAGUCAAAUUAUUAGCUUUGGAUUAGAACAUUAUAAUUCAAAGUAUAAUACCACAGUUUAAAGAUUACUUUAGUUGUUUUGAGAACAAAAGAUUACUAAUUAUACCUUUAAAGUUGACUUUAAUCUACUUAAAAUGUAUUUUAAAGGCAAAAGAGAUACUGUAAUGAAAGUUACCAUAUCAGUUUGUAGGUAAACAUCUGGACCCACGCCCUUCCACUGAUCGGACUGUACUUAUUCUACAUACUGCCAGAACUGAUGCACGACCGACCGAGAGCCGUAGUAAUCUUCGCGUACUCUGGAGUAUCUUCCGUAUUGUUUUGUUCGGCUUUGACUCAUUUGAUGGUAAGUAUAUUCAAAUUAGUCAACUUUUAUUGGCUUUAAUUGAAUUUUCACACUAAAAUUGCUAUUUCUUUACAAUGUCAUCUAAAGUGAUUUUUUAGCACAGCCGAUCGCCUACUGAUCAUAUCUUCUGGUUGCUGGUCGACUUUUCCGGCAUAGCCGUCUUUUCCUUGGCCAUCGGUGUACAAAGGUUCCUUUCCAGGCCCUACAAUUCCAUCCUUUUUACUACUGUAAGUUACAUUUGUAAUAAAAAGUCGAUGAGAGCGUAACUUUGCUGAUUUUGAAUCUAGGUUUAAAUUUUUGCUCAUCAUUUUGAAAUAUAAAGAUUUUCUAUGAUUUCCACUUAUUGCUUCUCAAAUAUAACACUGUAUGACAACGAAUAAAUACAUUGCUUUCAGUUCUACGUCCCCACUUUAACUGGUGUUGUUUUACUACAGUAUCUUACUACCUCAGGGUUCUUCGUUCUCCGUCCGUUAUGGAAAGCCCGUCAUUCCAUUCGUAUUUUAUGUUGCGGGUUUUUGAAUUUUUGGAUCUACAUUCCGCUACUGGAUCGUUAUGUCGCGGGAGAAGACAUGACGAUGCACACGAAAGCUCUUCAAUGGAUGAUGCUGUCAGGCGUAUUCAUGGGUGCACACUUCCCCGAGUGUUGUGCUCCAGGGUGCUUUGAUUUGGUCGGGUAUGGACAUCAAGUAAGUUAUGGGGUGAAGUUUAAGAGUCUCAUCUAUUAACCUUUAAAAUAAUAAGUUGUUUUAGACUUUAAGUUAGCUUCAAUAUCUAUAUUUAUGAAGUUUCACAUCAUUUUGAUGCCCAAAAGUUGUAGCACAUAUUAAAAACUAAUCAAAAGUGGAUUGUUUGCAGCUGUUCCACAUUUGCAUCACAAUGGUUACUUGGUGUUUGUGUGAUUCGGCCCAUAUGGACACGCCGCGACGAACCGACGGCCCUAAAGGGAUUUGGGGUGAUCCACUGACCAAGUCCUUGACCUGUGUCAUGCUUUUAGCUGUACUAACCUGUGCCGCGACGACGUGCGGGCUCAUGCUUCAGGUCAAAGACCAGAAUUUGAUGAACUCGCAACGAUCGCGCAGUACUAGAAGAGAAUCCCUGUGUGAAAAAACUAGAUGA